CUUUAACCAGAGUUUUAAAAUAUCUCUAAAAAUAUUUUUAAUUUACAAUUAAAAUAAUUAUUACAGUAUAACUAAAAUGCCGAUCGAUAUAUACUCGUUCAAUUUAAGCCAAUUUUGUCGGUCUGUACUCAUGACUGCUAAACACCUCAACAUUGAUUUGAAUGUAAUCGAGGUUAACCCUGGUCCUGAACAAUGGUCGCCCGAGUUUCUUAAGGUGAACCCUAACCACAACCUCCCGACAAUCAAUGAUAACGGCUUUGUAUUAGUGGAAAGCCGUGCUAUAAUGCAAUACCUGUGCAAUCAAUAC